AGACGAUAUUACAAGUUUGUUACCAAGGGCACAGCAAGAAAAUGACUCAACUGACACGUAGACCAAUGUUACCCAAAGUUAGAAGCGCCUGCAGAACUUAGAUGAAAUUGAUGUACGCAACAUUAUUUUCGUUUUCAUUUUCACUAUACCCAGAAACGCUGUUAAACAAAUGCUAAGACGCGGAGCACGUUAUUUUUAUACAUUGACAUGAUUGGCACAGCAUAACCUUUAGUGUCUUUUCCAGAGCCAGGAGACGUCUUGGCGAUGUCUUUCAACACAGUCCCUUCGUGGACAAGGAGGCCUGUGAUCUUUGCCUUCUGUUCGGUGAUGUUUGUCGUACUUCACGCUCCUGGAACACAAGGCCACGGCAGGCUCAUCGAACCGCCUGCCAGAAACGCGAUGUGGCGGAUAAGCUACAACACGCCUCCCAACUUCGAAGAUACGGAACUCUUUUGUGGAGGCAUAAAGGCCCAGUGGCAGGACAAUGGCGGCCGCUGCGGCGUGUGCGGCGACAACUACGCGCAGCCGCGGCCACGGCGCCACGAGACCGGCAACAUGUACGCGCGCAACGUGACGGUGCGCCGCUACGCGCCCGGGCAGCUCGUCGACCUGGUGGUCGACGUCGAGACCAACCACCUGGGACACUUCGAGUUCGCGCUCUGCCCCAGGGCAUCGUGGGAAGAGGCCGAGAGCGAGGAGUGCUUUGACAUGCACCCGCUCACCGUGGUGACUGCCAGUGGACCGGGUCGCAGGAAGUCCGUCUUCUACUCGGCCGAGCCGCCGACCCGCUACCGGCUGCCAACCGCCGCCAACGGACUCUACAUGAUUCAGGUCCAGCUGCCGGAGAGGCUCACCUGCGAGUACUGCGUCCUCCGCUGGCACUGGCGAUCUGCGAACAACUGGGGAGACUGCGGCGACGGCAGGAUGGCGCUGGGCUGCGGUCCCCAGGAGACGUACCGCAACUGCGCCGACGUCGCCAUCGGGAACCGCUUCGGCCUGCGAGGCCCUCUGGGGGCCAACGCCGUUCCCAAGCGCUUUAGUGCCACUAAGCCGAGAAAGGUCAAUGCCAUAUAGGUUAGGGUCGGGAAUCGCACGCUGUGUACCGCGAUUCAAACAUCUUGCUUAAUUUAUUUGACAAUAAACCUGU